UUUGGAGUAAACUACCAUGAUUAGCGAAUAUUUGAGUAACUUGGAAGUAGGAAAACAAUCGUGAUCGGAUGUCCCAUAUCCCGACCCUGGUAUUGCCACACUCUCAAUAAAACAUUCAGAUUUAAAUGCGACCACAAACAUCACCACUCGCCAUUUUGAAUCAGAUAUAGAGCUCGACAGACGACACUAAAGAAUAAGAUGCCUAGUACAUAUAAGCUCUAUUAUUUCAAUGCAAAGGGGAGAGCUGAAGUCAGCCGUUUGAUUUUUGCCGCCUCCGGGAUAAAAUAUGAGGAUAUUCGGAUACAAGGUCCGGAUUGGCCCAAAACAAAACCAACAAUGCCUCAAGAGACCAUGCCUGUGUUGGAGAUUGACGGUAAAAAGAUUCCUCAGAGUAGAGCUAUAGAGCGCUUCUUGGCUAGGGAGUUUGGACUUUAUGGCAAAACGAACAUGGAAAGUUGUUGUGUGGACGUGAUAUGUGAAACAGUCAAUGAUUUCUUUGAGAGUCUCCGACCUGUAAUGUUUGAAAAAGACGAAGCCAAAAAGGCAGAGUUAAUGAAGAAAUUCCAUGAACAAGUUCCCGUGUAUAUGAAAAGAAUAGAAGAUCGCUUGUCACUGAACGGAGGGGGUAACGGGUUUUUAGUGGGACCAUCGCUGACCCUGGCUGAUCUGACGUUUCUAAGGUCCUUGGAUGCUUUUGAUAAAUUUGGGCUGAAGUUAACAGACAAACUGGAAGCUUUAAGGAAGAGGAUUGAAAGUCUACCCAAAAUUCAGGAAUAUCUCAAAUCAAGACCAGAAACAGAAUUUUAAAUUUUAAGUUGUUGCAUAAUAAAUUAUAAAAAUUAAAGGCAAUGAACUUUAUAAUAAAAAAUAAAACUUUUUUUCACAAUAAAAAUAUUGAUAACCAACAGAUUUUAGUUUUAACUUUGAAUUGGCAUUACUAGCAAAAAAAAUUCCUUUGCUAUUUGUUUGCUUCACCUGACCACAGCGAGAAGUUUGAAUAA